AAACUAUAGUAUAAACUAAAUUUUAUGAAAGUUAAUUUGACUUCUUUUAAAUUAAAUUGAACUAAAUUAAUUAAUAUUUUAAAUUUAGAUAUUCGAAAAUUAUACAAAAAAUAUUGCGAUCCUUCUUAAUUAUAUUAAUAUGAAAAAAUACGUUUUAAAAUAUUAGUUAAAGUUCAUGCAGUUUGACUCUCGAAAAGCAUAACAUGACGAGUAAAAAUAAACGGAUGAAUUAUUUUUUAACUUGACCUCAUCUAAGUUAAUAUGUAACACAUGCUACCCAUAUGACAAAUCUCACGCGAUUUUGACAGAUAUGACGAGUGUCACCUCACGCGAAUUGAUAGUUAGGACGCGUGCAUCUCGCUCGAUUCGAUAAGUAGAAAGCGUACAUGUUACGCCCAAUUUGACAGGUAGGAUGAGCUACGCGAUUUGAUAAAUAAGACUCGUGCAUGUGGUGCGAUUUGAUAAGUAGAAAGCGUACAUGUUACGCCUGAUUUGACAGGUAGGAUGCGUUCAUCUUACGCGAUUAGUAUAACUCACACAUUUCAAAAUUUAAAUAAAUUUAAUAAACUAAAAAAAUAAAAAUAAAAAGACACAUAUUGAGCUAAGCACCUUCUUCCUCCCUCCCAAAAAAAUAUUUGAAUUCAGACAACUCCAAACUCAUCAAAAAUGGCUUCAUCCAAGCCACCUUAUCGCUACGCCAAUGCCAUUUCUUCGAAAGAUCCACUCCAUUACUCCUCAAGAUCCAACCCCUCUUCCCCGGCCGAUGGUUGUGGCACUUCACGCGCUCUCACGCGCACUCACAAGCCCCCCACGACACGACAAAAGUUGGGGUCAUUGGUCAAGAAAUUGGUGGAGCAUAAGUCUAAGGCUAAGGGUGAAGUGAAGGUGGUUGUUCCUGCCGAUUACGCGGCGAAGAAGGAGGGAUUGAGUGAAGUUGAAGGGAAUGCUAGGAGUUUAGGUAGAGUAUUGAGAAGUGAAAGGGAAUUGUUGACAAUGAAUAAGGAACAAGAGAAGCAGAUCAAUGAGCUUAAACAGAUGCUUGAACAGAAAAACAUAGAGGCUGAGAAGUUAAAGGAUGUGUGUUUGAAGCAGAGGGAAGAGAUAAAGUCGUUGAAGAAUGCCGUAUUGUUCCCAGAUGAUAUGAGUUUUCAACUUCAUGAACUUUUGGAGACGCAACGCGCUGAACUCAAACAGGCAAACCAGCUUAUACCAAGUCUCCAAGAUCAGGUUAAAGCAGAUAAAUACUCUCAUCGAGGGUGUUAUGAUUCUCUUGAUAGCUCGCGAAAGUCACCAGAAUACAAUCAAGAAGCAGCGAAUUCUCUGGUAUUCAGUUCCGAGAACACAAUUCCCCCCGGAAGUCCAGAUGACAUGCUUCUCAUGGACUUAAAUCCGUGCUUAACGCCUUAUUCUGCCAAGACAAAGUCCAAGGAGUUCGAGUUCAAUUCUCCAGAUGGCAUACAAGUGUACCAUGAGACUAGUUACAGCUACAAUUCUUUUGCAAGCAAAGCGUCGAAAAGUUCAGACUGCUGUUGUCAAUGUUCAAAAGCAGCCGACAACUCAACUGGCGCUGCUCGUGGAUCUGAUGAAAGCAAAUCGAUCCACAACAUGUUCUAAGGUUAUUCUUGAUCCUCAGCAAACAUCUUUAUAGCUUAUGGGACAACAUAAGUGGUGAAAGCGUAGUAAAAGCGCCGCGCCAGCGCCCUCCUCCCUGCUCUAAAGUUCAAAUACAAUGUAAAAAGCACUGUGAAAAGUAUUAGUUAGUAACUAUUCGCUUUGAUAUGCUUUUCCUUGAGCCGAGGGUCUAUCGAAAACAACCUCUUCACCUUCCAAGAUAGGGAUAAGGUCACCAGACUCCUUUUGUGGAUUACAUUGGAUAUGUUGUUGUCGUUGUUGUUAUUGGUCGGUGAAUACUAUUCAUAUAGCCAACUCCAACUUAUUUACGACUGAGGUGCAGAGUUAAAGGGUUUAGAUCAUUGCCUCUUA